UCUCUCAAUGGGGCUGACCAGCCGGCACGCGCGCGGCUCGGGCGGGGGCCAAUCAUCGCUGCUCUAUCAAAGGCCGCCGUGCGCGGAGAGCCAAUAGGCGGGGCCGUUUCUGAGGCCUGGCUGAGGCUGAGGUCGCGCCUGCCCUCAGCUCCCGCCCGCGGGAGAGGCCCGGCCCGACCCGCGCUGGGGAAACUCCGAACUGGGCGUUAUUCCUGGCGCCCGAGGCGGCGGCCAGGCUAUAAACCGCGCUGUUCCCCGGCAGCAGCCGGCGCCGCUGCCGGUUCUCCGCGGCGGGCAGACGAAGGCACGGGCGCUGUCCCGGGGGCAGUGAUACACGCCCGCCCCGCCCGCUGUCAGCAGUAGGGCGGGCGGGAAAAGCUCCGCAGGAGGAGGCGCGUUUACCUCCGGUCCUGUGCCUAGCGCUGCCCGAGCCCGCGGGCUCUGCAGACCCAUAACGCGAGAGCCCCGUUCCCAGCGCUUCCCCGGCGGGAAGAACCAGCUCGGCCGCGCUGUUCGGCCGCCCCGCCUCGCCCGGGAGCUCCCGCGGUGUCCGGGCCCGCCCGAAAGGGGCGGAGGUCCCGCACCGGCGAUGGCGGACGAGGCGCUGUUCCUGCUGCUGCACAGCGAGAUGGUGGCGGGGCUGUACCGCGCCGCCGAGCAGGGCGAAGGGGAGAAUGGGCGCUGCACCACCAAGCUGGAGAGCAUGGGCUUCCGCGUCGGACAGGGGCUCAUCGAGAGGUUUACAAAAGAUACUGCCAGGUUCAAGGAUGAAUUAGAUAUUAUGAAGUUCAUUUGCAAAGAUUUUUGGACAACUGUAUUCAAAAAACAAAUAGAUAACCUAAGGACUAAUCAUCAGGGUAUUUAUGUCCUCCAAGACAAUAAAUUUCGUCUCUUGACACAAAUGUCUGCAGGAAAGCAGUAUUUAGAACAUGCACCGAAGUAUUUAGCUUUUACCUGUGGACUAAUCAGAGGAGGCCUAUCGAAUUUGGGAAUAAAGAGCAUUGUAACAGCUGAAGUUUCAUCAAUGCCUGCAUGUAAAUUUCAGGUGAUGAUACAGAAGAUGUAGAGCACAUUCAAAUCUGGGUAUCUACCUUAAAAAUCCUUUGUGUAUGGAUUCAGUAUCUUGGCUCAGUCUUGUAUAUAACUUGUAAAUUAUAGCAGUAUGCAGCACAAUUCCAAAAUAUGUAAUAAAUAUUCAAUGAAAUAACUUAACACUA